AUGGCUGACAUUACUGAAAAGACUGCUGAACAAUUGGAAAACCUUUCUUUGCAAGAUAAGCAAGAAGGUACCAACGAGGAGAACCAAUCUGAGACCGUCUCUGCCUCUCUGUACGUUGGUGACUUGGACCCAUCUGUCUCCGAAGCUCACUUGUACGACAUCUUCUCCCCAAUUGGUGCUGUCUCUUCCAUCCGUGUCUGUCGUGAUGCUAUCACCAAGACUUCCUUGGGUUACGCAUACGUCAACUUCAAUGACCACGACGCUGCCAAGACCGCCAUUGAAAAGCUGAACUUCACUCCAAUCAAGGGCAAGCUUUGCCGUAUCAUGUGGUCCCAGCGUGAUCCUUCCCUAAGAAAGAAGGGUGCUGGUAACAUCUUCAUCAAGAACUUGCACCCAGACAUCGACAACAAGGCUCUUUAUGACACUUUCUCUGUCUUCGGUAACAUUUUGUCCAGUAAGGUCGCUACCGAUGAGACCGGUAAGUCCAAGGGUUUUGGUUACGUCCACUUCGAAGAAGACGAGUCCGCCAGCGAAGCUAUUGACGCUUUGAACGGUAUGUUGUUGAACGGCCAAGAGAUUUAUGUCGGUCCACACUUGUCCAAGAAGGAACGUGAAUCCAAGUUCGAAGAAAUGAAGGCUAACUUCACUAACGUUUACAUCAAGAACAUUAACACUGAAACUACUGACAAGGAAUUCGAAGAACUAGUCGCCAAGUUCGGUAAGACCGACUCUGUUGUCCUAGAGAGAACCCCAGAAGGUGAAAACAAGGGUUUCGGUUUCGUUAACUUCGUUAACCACGAAGACGCUGUCAAGUGUGUUGAAGAAUUGAACAACACUGAAUUCAAGGGUCAACCAUUGUACGUUAACCGUGCUCAAAAGAAGUACGAACGUCAACAAGAAUUGAAGAAGCAAUACGAAGCUACUAGAAUGGAAAAGAUGGCUAAGUACCAAGGUAUUAACUUGUUCAUCAAGAACUUGGAUGACUCUAUCGAUGACAAGAAGUUGGAAGAAGAAUUUGCCCCAUACGGUACCAUUACUUCUGCCAAGGUCAUGACCACCGAAAACGGUAAGUCCAAGGGUUUCGGUUUUGUUUGUUUCUCCACCCCAGAAGAAGCUACCAAGGCUAUCACUGAAAAGAACCAACAAAUCGUUGCCGGUAAGCCAUUAUACGUUGCCAUUGCUCAAAGAAAGGAUGUCAGACGUUCUCAACUAGCUCAACAAAUCCAAGCUAGAAACCAAAUGAGAUUCCAACAAGCUUCUGCUGCCGCCGCUGCUGCUGCCGCCGCUGGUAUGCCAGGUCAAUUCAUGCCACCAAUGUUCUACGGUGUUAUGCCACCAAGAGGUGUUCCAUUCAACGGUCCAAACCCACAAAUGGCCAACAUGGGUGCUAUGCCAAAGAACGGUAUGCCACCACACCAAUUCAGAAACGGUCCAGUUUACGGUGUCCCACCACAAGGUGGUUUUGCUAGAAACGGUCCAGCUGCCAACCAAUUCUACCAACAAAAGCAAAGACAAGCUUUGGGUGAAGAGCUAUACAAGAGAAUCUUCUCCAGAACCAAUGACGAAGAAGCUGCUGGUAAGAUCACUGGUAUGAUUUUGGACUUGCCACCACAAGAAGUCGUUCCAUUGCUAGAAAACGACGAGUUGUUCGAACAACAUUUCAAGGAAGCAUCUGCUGCUUACGAAUCCUUCAAGCAAGAACAACAACAACCUCAAGGUGAAGAAGCUCAACAAGCUUAA